CUUUUUAAACUGUCUGUUUCAAAAGUACAGGGAAGGAUGAUGCUUAAGUUCGGUUUUGUGCUAUUGAUCGUGUCUGCUGUUUGUGCUGAAAAUGUGACAUCUAGAAAAGCUGCUAAGAUCAGCACGAUAAGCAAACACGUGGUAGGAGGUGGUGAUGCUGGACCAACCCCCUAUCAGGUUUCUCUGCAGAAUCGGAAUGGACAUUUUUGUGGUGGAGCUAUUAUCGAUCGGAGAUGGGUUCUAACAGCUGCUCACUGCUUAUCGGAUGUACGGCCUAGAGAAGUGGUCGUAAUCGUUGGAACUACCAAGUUGAGUAUGGGAGGUUGGCCCUUCUUUGUUAGCAAAUUGAUUGCUCAUCCGGAGUACGAUAGCGAACAUGUUACUAACGACAUCGGGUUGGUGAAAAUACGUGGAUUAUUUUUGUGGCUUCCGACACUGGUAGAAAAGGUCGGAUUUUCAAAAGAAUUCGUAACCGCCGGUCAGGAAGCGACGUUGACUGGCUGGGGUGGCACCCGACAAAGUGGUGGGCCUGCGUCAGAUAAGUUGCAAUUUGUUCUGUUGAAAGUGAUUGAACAAGAUCAAUGCAAGAUCAAACUGGACAUGAUUGGCGAUGGGCACAUCUGUACUUUUACCCAAGAAGGGCAGGGUAUUUGUCGGGGAGAUUCGGGCAGUCCUCUGGUAAAGCAAGGAAAAGUAAUUGGAGUUGCCAGCUUCGGGCUAGGGUUUCCACCAGAGCGUAGCUGUGCUGCUGGUUUUCCGGAUGGUUUCACCAGAGUGUCUCAUUACUACACCUGGAUAAAGGAUACCAUUAAUCGCAAUUUUAUCGGAAUUUUCUUUUGAUAAUAUAGCCUAGAUUUUUUCACUUGCAAACAGUUGAUGUAAUAAAUUUUUAGUUUAAAUUUUACAAUA